UUCUGUUAGGCUAUAUCAAGCUGUUUCGUUAAAAGUAAACCAAAACCUUUGCAGCGAAAAUGCAAAAAGAGUUUGAGUUCAGCGUUUAAAGCGAAAAGCAUCACGGUGUUCUUGCGUUUCUGCUGAUCGGAGAGUUCUUGCACGCGAUUAUACAUUAAUUUUCACUUUGAUUUAUCAGGUUCUCUUGAUACUGAACAAGACCAUCAGUCGUUAAAACAUGUAGGCUACUAUCGGAUUCAUGUGGCUUGUCCAUAUCCUUGAUUUGGACAAAACUGUCCGUGAACGAAUUGUUCUUUUGAAUCGAAUCUUUUUCAAUGAAUUAUUUGAACCGGAUCACAAUGUCGCUCGUGAAAAAAUCUGAAGCAACAUCGAGUUAACCAGGGUAUGGGAGUAUACAGACAGUAGUUUGUGAAGGACUAAACAAUGGAGCAGGGAUCAGAGGAGAACAUGGAGAGCUCAUGGACUCUGCUCUCCGGGCUGGCUUCUGGCGUGAUGGUGUUUGGAGGUGCGUUGCCCUACAUCCCCCAGUACCAGGACAUCCAGAGGACCAAUAACGCUGAGGGAUUCUCAACAAGAGUCUGUCUGGUGCUGCUCGUUGCUAAUAUACUUCGCAUUUUCUUCUGGAUAGGCAAGCAGUUUGAGCUGCCUUUGCUCCUGCAGAGUGUGGUGAUGAUUCUCACCAUGUUGGCUAUGUUACAUUUGUGCUGUUCCAUCCAGAGCAGUAACCGUGUCAGUAGUAAACAGCACCACAUCACAGAUUUGGACCUUCGGUAUUUCUGGAGCUGGGGUUCUUUUGAGGACUAUCUAAUAUUCUGCUUUGCCUUUACGCUGCUGUGUGCUUUCAUAACGUUCCUCUUUCUGGAUUGGGUCCUAUUUGUGGAGGCCUUGGGCUCUUUGGCUGUGAUGUUUGAAGCCAUGUUGGGAAUGCCUCAGCUGCUGCAGAACUACAACAACCGCUCCACACGAGGCAUGAGCGUAAAGAUGGUGCUUUUAUGGACGGCUGGUGACAUCUUUAAGACCACGUAUUUUGUGAUCAAUGAAAGCCCCACCCAGUUCGUGGUCUGUGGUGCGGUACAGAUCUUAAUUGACGUUGCUAUUCUACUACAGGUGGGCUACUACGGACAGGACACCAGAAUCAAACUGGGCUGAGAUCACUACAGUAAUGAUGGUGAUCAACACUCCUAAAUAAGGAUAUUCUGCAUGCUUCUUACCUGCAAAACUACAUGCUUUUACUUUCACAAUUUUUAUUUUAUUUAUUUUUUUAAUACACAGUGGGGUUCAAAAGUCUGAGGCUGCUAGUGAAAAAAAAGUCCCAUUUUGCUUUUCUCUAGUUGAAUAUGUCUUAGAUUUAAUGAUUAUAUUUAAUCAUAUAUUUAUUUAUUAUUUUAUCGAAUGUUUUUCUUUUUAAGAAUUGCAUUAUUAGCAAUUUGUGUGAAACUUUAAAUUGAAAAUGUUAAUUUAUUUGGAGAAGCAAAUUAUUAUUAUUUUUUUUAAAUCUGAGCUUUAGUAUAAAGCUUAAUUAGUGGCCUAGAAGUAGAAGUUCUAAUAUUUUGUAUUUGAUAAGUUGUAAUGCUUUUUGGUUUUAAUUCUAUUUAAAAUCCUAAAACUUAUAUUAGAUUUAUUUUAAAUUUGAUUUUGGAUCCCAGACUUUCAAUUUGGUUUCAGUCUGUUGAACCCUGCUGCAUAUUCAUUUUUUAUUCAACAAAUGCACCUGAGUUCAGGGAAAAAUUUCUCUGUCCUUAAGUUAUUCACAUCUUACCAAACAGCAAGUUUUUCAUUCAAAGAAGAGUGAACAGGCCUUAUAUGCACAGGCUGUUGGCCUUUUUUUUUUUUUUUUUUUUUUUUUUGACUAUAUCCUGACAAAUGAAUUGCCCUUCACUUUUUUAUUUUUACAUUGUUUGUAUUUUUGCUAGCUUUUGUGAGAGCCAAUAUGCUCUUAGUGCAAUUGAAGUGCUGGGAAAUGCAUGUGCCAAAUGUGUCUUCCACAAAUGGAUUCAAACUGUUAGCUUAUUUGUCAACAAUUUUAUGGUCCUUUUUCAUUUUAGAGCACUUAAAUCAUUGUUACUUGCUUAGAUGCACACAAAAAUCCACAUUUUAAGCAGCAGAGUAAUGUUAGGCUUUUAAAUGUUAGGCUGAUGAAUGAUUUUAUUACCUAACCUUAAUUACCAAACCGUAUCAGUGGAAAUGCAUGAGGGUAUGUCAUAAAUAUAUAAUGCUCAACUGAUUUAUCACGUAUGAUUGCAUUGCAAACGAGAAAAACAGACAGAUUUGUUUCGUUUUGUUAUCUCAGAUCAAUAGUCCCUUUUAAGCACAAUAAUUUCACUUUAAUGUUGGAGCCAGUGUUUUUUUUUAAAUAUGUAUUUUUAUCCAAAGUUUUUGAUUGGGAAAUAUGUAAUGAAAAUGUGUAAUAUUCCAAUGAAAAAGCAGUUGUAGUUAAUAGUAACCACACAAAGCCAGAGAUGGACAACUUUGAGCCAUAUUGGGUUCAUCGUCUGCCAUGUCCUUUAAAGAUGACAGUGAUUACCUCAACCAGUCAUAUAUCAUACAUGUUUAUCCAUGCAUGUCACACCAAGAUGAAGGACAGUCUACCCACAAAAUACAUUUGGACUGUUUUUAUGCCUAAGUUGAAUGGAAUGAUGAGAGAAAACAAUGCUGUCACCUCAACUCAGAUGCUUCUGUGGUUGAUCAGCUAUGAGGAGACCUCAUCAUAAAAUAGUUACACUCUAUAAAGUUACCAUUCACGCCGGCACAGAGUUAUGUGCUAUUUAUCACGGCAAAGAAAAGGUCAUUACAACUUUAAAUCCCACUAUAGCGCCAGGCUGCUCAGGGAGGACUACAGAUGUGGCCUUAAAAAAGCACUUUCAGAUUCCUUCUCAGUUUUGGCUCUCUUUCUUCCUCACUGCCCAUAUUUCACAGUAGGGAUUUUGACGUGCCAAUGGAGUGUUUAAGCCCGUUGGCUCCUUUAGCAUUAGUUUAUCAUCAAAGUUUAGCCGUUGGUUAUGACAGAUGGUCACAAGGCCUCAGCCUCUCAGCUGUUUACUCCCUGCAUGGGCAGCUUUUUUGGCUUUAGUUCUCAUUGUGAUAAGUCUUUGUGUGUGGUAAAUAUUUGUUCUGUUGUGCUGUUAACCACCUCAUUAACAUAUCUGACCCCAGCAAAGGUCAAAACCACCAACACAUUUAGUCACAGGAUGAUUAUGUGUGAGCCCACUCUCUUCUAAAAAACAAUACAUUGCAUUAAUGUAGCACUAUGCAGUACAUAUGUUUGAAUGUCAUAUGGAAAUAUAUACUUUUGUUCAUUUUAAGUUAAUAUUGCCUGAUAUUGACAACAUAUACCGUUCAACAGUUUGGGGUCCUUUUUUAAUAAUAAGAACUGUUAAUAAGAAGAAAUGUUUUUUGAGCAGCAAAUCAGCAUAUUAGAAUGAUUUCUGGAGGAUCAUGUGACACUGAAGACUGGAGUAAUGGCGGCUGAAAAUUCAGCUUUGUAUCACAGGAAUAAAUUACAUUUAAAAAUGUAUUAAAGAGAAAACCGUUAUAUUAGAUUAGAUUAAUAAUAUUUCACAAAUAUUACUUAUCCUACCAUCCUCAAACUUUUGAAUAGUUGUGUCCAUGAUUUUUGUCCCAUUAAACUGUCCCAUCUCACACCAAUACACUCCCUAAGAGGAAAGAUUUAUUGAUCAGAGGUUGCACUUUCAGAACUCCGGAGACUUAUUGGGUGUAUAUCAGUUAUGUUUAUCAGUAAUGUAUCAGUUUUUCAUUUACAUUUUCUUAGUGACAGUAAAAUAGACGCAAAUUAGACACUUGUUGAUGAUAACAUUCAACUAUAAAAUGAAUAUGGAUAUUUAGUUUUGGGAGAUUUUGUGUUUGAGUGCAUAUUGCUGUUUCUCAAUUUCUCAGUACAUUUACAGUACAGUACAGUUGUCUUAUGAAACUCUAGAAGAGACGCACGUGAGAUUUCCUGGAUCUUUUUCUCCAAAGAAACACGAGAAGCUGAUUUCAGCAAAUGUCUCAAUUUUCUCUACAUGUCAUCUCAAUGCUGUCUAGGGGGAAAAUACAGUUAUAAGAGAUCUCCUUUGCUUGUUCUUUCUUUUGGGCCAACCAUUUUGGACCUCAUAAAAGUUACUUUAACCAGAAAAAAUAUGUGGUUACAUCCAAAGACUUCCUUUUUUUUCUUUAAUAAUCAUGGAUAUGUUUCUAUUGUGUCUGUUUAUGUUUCCAAUUUUCACAGUUUUGUUAGUUGCACAUGACUGGUGCAGUAAAUAGCUUUGCCAAGCUUUGUAAUUCUCUCUUCAUCAGUGAGGAAAUCACACUGAUGGGCAAGAUAACGGUCUAUUAUGUGUUUAAUGUUGUGGGAUAAUGAUUGUUUAAUGUUGCCUCAAUGGUCUGAACAUUUUUGUCAUUCAGGUCAAAAAUGUGCCUUAAAAAAUGACAUGUCAAACAAUCUUUAACCUGUCAUUAUUAAUGCAGCAUUAUGGACAUUAUUUUUUUCAGGAUAUUAGUGAUUAUAUCAUGAUGUAUGUACACACACACACACACACAUACACAUUAAAUGACUGAAAUGUUAUUGUAUGAAAAAAAUCUAUGUUUCAUAUAAAAACAUAAAAUAACCAAACAAUACUCUGUACUUUUGUCCUUACUUUAUUUAGUUUGUCUUUUUCUUCCUUAUAUCCUGUUGUAAAUACCAGAUGAACCCACGUUGUCAGCAUGUUAUGUAACAAUAUCUGUAUUGCUUGUUGAAUUUUAUUUUUUUUUAAUUUGCUGAAUUAUUUGUAUUUGCAAAGCUUUAGCGACGUACUUGAUUUAAUAACAUCUUAUGCAUGAUUGCACAUUUGAAAUUACAUGUAAAUUGCUUGUGUGACCAGUGUAGUGGGGUGUAAAAUUGAAAAGCCAAAUUCCAUCCUUUCCUGAUUCUAUACUGAGCGUGUGUGACAGAAGACAGUGAAUGACCCUUACUGAUAAUAAAAACCGCUUCACUGAUCAGAAAGUGUUCAGCUUUCCUGCACUGCACUUUGACCCACAGUCCUGAACUUGACAGUACUGUACUUUACAAGGCUGCAUGAUCAUUUGGUGUCAGCAGUGAAAGAGGCUCGGUAUGAAAUAUUCAAAGUUGUGGGUAAGACUGGAUUAUAGAUGAGAGACAACGCCUUCAGGAUACCUGUAUCCCUCCAUUAAAUGAAAUCCCAUACAUAAAUGAUAUGGUUAAGGAUGUCACACUGAUGACUGAGGGAAUCCUGGGUGUUCUUGGUCAGUCCUAAGAAUGGGGCGUUUGGGUGGGAGGUAGAGGAGCAGGGACAGGGAAAUGACGUGUUGAGUUACCACAUUUGCUCGUUUUUAUCUCCUGUAGACAGUCCAUUACAAUGAUGAAAGUUUACGUUUCAAGUUUUUAUUACUGUAUUUUUGAUCAAAUAAAAUCUUUAUUUCAAAAACAUAAAAAAAGAAAUCAUGUUUCAAGGCUUCAGCAGCACAAAGAAAAGCAAGGACCGACAGUCAGUCAGGUCAGAUUUAACCCCUUUGGGGUUGGUGAGAUUUAUUUAAUUAAAAAUACAGUCAAAAUGUCAAAAUUGUUAAUAUUAUUGUUAAUAUGUAUAUAUUUUAAAAUGUAACAUAGUGAUGCA